AUGAAAUCAACGGCUCAGAGAAUGCGUUUUCCGAGCUCAAAAUUAGCUGCAUUAAUAGCGGAGAUGAUGGAGAAAACACGAGUGCAGUUCCAUGUGAGGGUAUUACGACUGAAAUUAUGGGAGAAAAUGUUCGUCUGCGGCUCGGACAUUUCACUUGGUGAAUGGGAUCCAUUAAAAGCAUUCCCGCUCACUAAAUCCCUCACCGACAGUGAUGUCUGGACGGGUUGUGCAGAAAUUAGCGACUCAACAAACGAAUUGAAAUUUCGUUACAUGAUUGGUUACUACCUCGAUCCCUGUACCGAAAACAGUAAACAACUGCUUAUUGUUCACAGCUGCGUCUCGCCUCUUCAGCCUACUAGCCUUCAAGGUAAUCUAAAGUCAAAUGGCAUAAUCGACAAGCAGGAAGGGUGA